CUCUCUCCAUUCCGAUCGCCGCUUGUCCUCCACGAUCGUUCGUUUCUCGAGCCACACGCAAGUCGCUUUCCCGAAACCCUCGCUUCUAAUGGCGCCCAAGGCCGAGAAGAGGCCAGCGGAGAAGAAGCCCGCCGCCGAGAAGCCGGCCGAGGACAAGGAGAAGAAUGCGGAGAAGUCCGCGGCCGAGAAGAUGCUCAAGGCGGAGAAGCGCCUCCCCUCCAAGGACAGCGCGUCCGGCGACAGGAAGAAGAAGAAGAAGCCUAAGAAGGGGAGCGAGACCUACAAGAUCUACAUUUUCAAGGUGCUCAAGCAGGUGCACCCGGACAUCGGCAUCUCAAGCAAGGCCAUGUCCAUUAUGAACUCCUUCAUCAACGACAUCUUCGAGAAACUCGCCCAGGAGGCCUCUCGCCUCGCCCGCUACAACAAGAAACCCACCAUCACUUCUCGCGAGAUCCAGACCUCCGUCCGUCUGGUGCUCCCUGGCGAGCUUGCCAAGCACGCAGUCUCUGAGGGGACCAAAGCGGUGACCAAGUUCACCAGCUCUUGAGCCGUGGCUGCCGCUAGGGUUAUACUGCUUUGAAUCUGCCAAUCAUCCUGAUAGAUGGUCAGAAUUUAUUUAAUAUGUCCUUGGAUUUGUUGGAGACUUGAGCAAAAAUCAGAUUGGAGAAGAAAUUAUAUACGUUUUCGUCUCUAACCGGACAGGUGAACUUCUUAUAGUAUACUUUUCUUUCAAAGUUCAAAGUAGCUAAGAUGUAGAAGUUCAAUUAGUCAGCAGGUUUCCAUGUGGCCAGGUGACUGCUUUCUCAAUAUUAGAGUUCUAUCACUGCUGAUUGGUUUGGUCAUUUUUGCGAUGUAUGAUGUUCAGAUAUUCAGCAAAAUUAGUUCUUGUUUUACAUCCUAUGUUUGUGUUAGCAGUUCUGAUUCUAAAUUUGUUCCAAAGCCUUGGACAAGCAAAGCUAUGAUUAUCACUCAUCCCCCCUUUUUGAAAUUUCUUCAUAAAAACUUGUUUAAGACAAGACAUUUAAGUUUUUUAGCGAUUGUCCAAGUGAUCAAAGUGCUAUGCCGACGUGGAGAUGUAGUGCAUAAGAUGAUCAGCUGAUGAAUCUGCUAUAGUGCAAGCAUAUCUUUUUCAAAAAAGAAAGUAAUAGUUUGGUUUUCUGGUAGUGCUCUGUCAUUUCUUGCUUGGCAUAAGUAUUUGGCAUGGAUAUGGUUCAUUGUUAGUUUACCUUGCCAUUAGUAUUUCUCUGGUAGUUCUGUUUUUACUUGGCAUAAGUAUUUAGCAUGGCAUGCUUUCAGUGCUAGUUUCCUUUGCCAUUACUAUCUCAAAUUAUGCACUAGCUCUUUAUCUCUUCUCCUUUCUUGCUUCCUGUAAUUUUCUACAAAAGGUCUUUAAAAUACUUGGACAUGAUAUUUCAGAUUUUGACGCUCGUGUGUGAUGAUAUGAUUCCAUGAAAAGUAAAUGACAUUAUACUCCUUUUUAGCUUUUCCACAUUGGGAUGUUGGUACUCGAAUAAAUUGAUAUAUUUUCGAUACAGAUUUUGAGAUGCAUGGCCACUAAGAAGCCUAUUAGCUAUCUCAUUGGUUUCUUUGGGUUAACCAUAACAAAUCCUUGUUUCACAAUCAUCUGGGCAAGUUUUUGCUUGUGCUAACGAUCAUACUUAGCACAGAGGUCUUUCUGGGGGCUUCCAAGGGGUUUUUCUUCCGAAUACUAGAUCUGUGGUAAAUAAUUUGAUCUCAGUUUCACUAUUAAAUGUGAUGGCUCAUUGGAUUCCCUUUCUGGACCUGUAGAUACAGGUUACAUUAUCAGGUGUGAUGGAGAAAUCUUAGCUGCUGAUGUUGUCCUUUGCAAAGUGAAGGAGGCCAAGCAAGUUGAAGGUAUAGAGCUGGUAUGGAAGGUCCGAGGAGAACUAAAGAGGAACAACUGCAUUGUGAAGAUUAACUUUGAAUCUAAGAAAUUAUUGACACCUUAUUUGAAAACUACUGCUCCACCUUGGCAUUUGAAGUCUGUAAUAAGUAGGAUGAGUUGAUGUGGUCUGCGGCUCAGCUGGUAACAUAGCCAAGAAUCAAAGCUAGUAGUAACAUUUUUUGAAACAUUAGUCACCAUCUAAUCUGAUGGAAUAAUUGACUUAUUUA